AUGUUCACAUAAUUAAAUAAGAAAUUAACAUUAUCAUCUUCCUUCAAAACUGCUCCAAAUAUUGGACUCAUCAAAUAUUGGGGAAAAUGGAAUGAAAGGGAAAUCAUACCAUUGAAUACUAAUAUUGGUGUGACUUUAAAUCCUAAGGAUAUAUUCACAACAACAACUUUAACAUUGAAUCCAGAAACAGAUAAGAAUUAAUUACUUAUUAAUGGAAAAGACUUUCACAUUAGUAAUAGGAUUGAGAGACUCUUCGGUAUAUUCAGAGAAUAAAUACUAUAAUCAAAAUAAUUCGCAUCUAACAAGUACAAAAAUUCUCCUUCAGAUAAACCCUUGGGAUAGGUUAUUCCUGAUAUAGAAAAGUAUGGAAUUAGAGUUGAAUCAAAUAAUUCAUUUCCAACUGGAAGUGGAUUGGCAUCAUCAUCAUCAGGGUUAUCUGCACUUGCAUUAUGCUUAUAGGAUAUUCUGAAGACUGAUAUUGAUGUUCGAUAUUUGAGUAGAAUUGGAUCAGGAAGUGCCUGCAGAUGUUUAUAUGGAAAUCUUGUAUUGUUUCCAGAAACUAUAAGUUUGGAAAGCAAAAGAUGUUUGCCAUAUGAAGUUCAAAGUAGCAAAUGGUUGAAAGAUAAAGUUUCUAUUGUCAUAUUGACUGAUACUCAUUAAGGAUAAAAAGAUGUACUUUCGAAAGAUGGAAUGAAAUUGACAUGGGAAACUAGCAAACUCAUUUAGGGGAGAGUUAGACAAUACGUUGAAUAACACAUCACUGAAUUGCAAUCAGCUUUGGAGAAACAGGACUUUAACAAGGUUAUGGAAAUAAUCAUUAAAGAUAGUAACCAAUUUCAUGCUACUUGUAUGGAUACAUACCCACCACUAUUAUAUUUGAAUGAUUUCUCCAGACAAAUUAUUAAGAUGGUUCAUAUCUUCAAUAGAAAUGCAAAACAUAUUGUUGGGUAUACAUUUGAUGCAGGUGCUCAUGCUGUAUUGUUGAUUCAUAAUGAUGAAUUGCAGUCCUUUAAGAAGUUCUUAUCAGAAGCAGAAAACUUAUUUACAAAGUAGAAGUACAUCAUUCCAAGUUAACAAUUUUGGACAUCAAUUGGAGAGGGUCCAAUCAAUUUGAAUUGA